CCAGAGUCACCAGUGGGUCCCAUCUCGCCUCCGAAGAUGGCGGACCACACUGUCGCCGGCCCCAGCGGCAGCACAUCCUUGCGGGGACUUCGAGAACGUAUGGUUGCUGCCGCUCAAGCAGUUGCAAAAGAAAGGCGAGAUCAAAGUGGAGUUAGCUCUUUUUCAAGUCAGUCUCCAACUGUAAGAUCAGCAUUUAAGCCAGUAAUAGAUGGGUCUGUUCUAAAAAAUGACUUAAAACAAAAAUUAGCAAAGGAGCGCAGAGAAGAAAGAAAAAGACAACAAGAAGCCAGUAAAGAAAUACAACUACUUGAAAAAGAAAGAAAGGCCAAGCUCCAAUAUGAAAAACAUCUGGAAGAAAAGCAACGAAAACUAAGAGAACAAAAAGAAAAAGAUGAGCGGCGAAGAAUAUCUGCAGAAGAAAAAAGAAAACAAAAAUUCGAGGAAGAAAGGGAAAAAUACAGAGCUGUUCUUUCUCGCACUUUGGAACGGACUAACCGUGUUGAUCAACGGCAAAAGAGAUGGUCAUGGGAAGGCUCCGCCAUGGCAAAUUCUGAAAACAAACCUGGAAAAACAGAAAAUAAGAGAAGCUCAUCUUUGAAUAGAAGAGAAAACAAAGUACAUUCAUCUACUGACAUAGAACACAUGGAGGACAAGCCAGCUCGUCGAUUUUAUAGCAAUCCCUCAGAGAAUAAUUUAAUCAGUCGCCUGCUUAUCCCAACAAGAGCAUCAGUAGCCAGAAGCAAGACUGCUGCUUCAUUAUCCAUCCCAGGAAAAGAUACUCCAGGUGUCACCAAUCACUUCCUCCAGUAUGUACAUAUGCCCUUGCGUAGCCACAGUAGUGACGAAUUGAAGAGUUCCAUCAUGUUCAGUAAGCCAAUAGUGAAGACGCCUCUUCAGACAAAAUUAGAAAUGGCUCCCCUGGAGAAAGUAGUAACACCCUUUAAGGUAAAUGUGGAAGCUACUCCCAAGGCGAAAAUGGAAGUGCCCUCUGAGGUGAGAAUGGAUGCCUUGUUGAACAUGGAAGCCUCCCCCAUGGAGAACAUGGAAUUGUCCCCUGUGGUGAGCACAGAAACAUCCCCCUUGGUUAGUGUGGAAGUGUCCCCUGUGGUGAGCAUGGAUGCCUCCUCUGAGGUGAGCCUAGAUACAUCCCCUGAGGGGAGCAUGGACUCAUCCCCUAAGGUGAACAUGAAAGCUCCCUGUAAGGCAAACAUGGAAGUAUCCCAGAGUGUGGAAACACUUCCUGAGGCAAAUGUGGAGGUGCCUCUUGAAGGGGAAGUGGAAGCAUCACCCAAGGAGAGCUUGGAAUCAUCCCCUAAGAUGGUGGCAGAAGUGUCCUACAAGGCAUCCCCCAAGCCUGUUCAGAAACCAGAAAUGGACAGACAGACCUCCAACCCUGUUAUCAAGAAGCAUCCAUCCUCAAACAUACUAUCUAAUAUGCAGUCACCAUCUCCUGCCAGCGGGUGUCAUCCACCCUCUCCCGUAAAUACUAUCAGGCACAUUCAAAAGAACCGCCCACCAUCACCUUCACCAGUCUUGUCAAAACAAUCAGUACAUGCUCCUCUGCCCUGUAAAAUCAUACCUGUUCAACGUACCCUAUUUGUGCCAGAUGGUAUUGUCAAAAAGAAAAGAGAAACGGUUUCUAAAUCCCCAAACAAAUAUGAGCCUGUGAGCCAAAAACAGAUGAUCUCUGAGGAGUCUGGUAAUAAAAUUGCACCAGGAACCAUGAGUGCUGAGGAAGCCACGAAAAUUUUGGCAGAGAAACGCCGUCUUGCUCGUGAACAAAAAGACAAAAAAGAAGAAGAGAGACUCCAGAAAGAAAUGGAACCAAGGAAAGUGGCAGAUGUGAGAGAGAAGGUGGACAAAGGCCAAGCAGAAGAGCUCUCAAAAUGUGAAGAUGGGCAAGAACAAGAAAACGAGAUUAAAAAGAACAAAGGAUGUCAGCAUCAAGACCAGGAAGUACUACUACAGAAAGGGGAUGCCAAAAUAAAAGCUCAGGAAGAAGCUGAUAAACGCAAGAAGGAGCAGGAGAGAAUUAUGUUACAAAAUUUACAAGAAAGAUUAGAGAGAAAAAAGAGAAUUGAGGAAAUAAUGAAGCGGACAAGAAAGACAGAUGUGAACAUCACAAAGGCCUCAGAAAUAUCUGGCAGUAAUACAUCUGAAGAGGAUGAAGCUGAUGAUGAGGAUGAGACAGAAAGUGAUGAGGACUCCCUUGAUACAAUGUUCCCAUCAGCCAAUGGAAAUGGCAGAGAGUCACCUAACAAGCCCAAAAUGCCUUAUAAAAAUGCCAAGAAAAUGCCUCAGAAACUGAUGUUUUUACAAGCCACAACUGGUGAGACCGAUAAAGAAAAGAAAUCAUAUUUUAAUGGUGAUCUGAAACCUUUCAGGCAAAAAACCCUGAAAGAGUCUUCGACUCAAGCAAAAGGCUUAAAGUCAUCUACCAAAAGAUCAUCUACACGCACAGCAAAAACUGGAAAAGCAAAGGAACUCAGCACCACCACCCAAUCCAUCCCGAAUGUCAGCACACCUCAGGAGCAGACUUAUGGCAAAAUUGACAGUAGUAGUCACAACACUGAAUCACCAGACACAAACGUCACCCCUGAUAGCCACAAACAAAAUUUGAAGGAUUCUGUGACAUCCCACCCAAAUCCUCAGAUGCCUACAGACCAUAAGAAAAAAAGCCAAUCUGUGCCUACUAUUUCCAAUACAUAAACCUCGUACAGCCUAGAAGAUUGAUCUGUCCUCCACUCUGGAUAACUCCCAGGCCUAUGCCUCAGAAUUCACCUGCUUCAUACUUGAACCUGGCAAAGGAAAUGACCAUUAAAACAAAAAAGAAAGGAUACAUCCGAAGGUCACCCUGACAUCUGUCUUGGAAGGUGUUCAUAUCAUUUUUUUCUCUUGUGAGAGUUCUGAGUUAAAAAGAAAUGCUUUGGUUUCCCUUAAAAAAUCAUAAUUGUCUUUUGUGUGUAUCUCCAUGUGUGUUGGAGUGUGUAUAUCCAGGGUGCUUUCAUUAGGUGAUAACUAUUGAGUUUCUAAAAGAACUCUAUUAAAGGAACAAUGUUCUUUCAGCAUGUAUUAGAAGUCUUAAUGAUUCUUGUUUGACAAUGACAUCAAUUUAACUACUAGAAAAUUUGAUUUUGUGGAGAACUUGAUAGAAGAUGUGAGGCACUCAGGAUUGCUGGCAAAAGCUAUCAGAUUGUCUCUAAUAUACAAAUGCCAAAGGCUGCAUGAUAUAGUAAAAUUUGAGCAUAAUAUAUGCAUAUUUCAGUUCUUCUAUUGUCAGUGCCCGGCAUUGAUACCCACAAAUGCUAGCAGUCUUGGAAAGCAUAAACUUGGAGCAUUCAGCAUCUCUCACACUCCUGUCAGUGUUUCCUUUGAAGUACGUAUUGGGGCUUAUCUACCAAAAGAUGGGUUAUAUUUGUUGUGUCCAUAAAGCAGUACUUGGCCAUUGUCUCGGGGUAUGUUUAAUUCCUCUAAAUGUUGAAUAUUUAUCAUCUUUUUCUGUUUGUGUUCCCUAGUUCUGUCCAUCAGUAUAGGCUUGGGAUAUGUAACCAAAAUAUACUUGCCUUUCUCUAGGCACUGGCUGCAGGUGAGGACAGCAGCAGUGUUAUUCUUCAGUUCCCGUGAUAGGCACACAGAUGUACGUACACAUACGUACAUACGUACACACAUAGGCUAUAUGAUUCCAUAAAACUUGAAUGCAGAUUCCUUGUCCUCAUGGUAAUGAGCUUUUAGUGUUGAAUCACAAAUAGUUUGAAGCAGGCCUGUGUUCCUUUUGGCCACCAGUCUUGAAUUAGUCAACGAAGGUAAUGAUUCUUUCUGAUUGCCUGGUUCAUUGCUACACAGAGUACUGUACCUUUGUUAUAGAUUAGGCAGGAUGCCUUAGGUUUAAAACUAUUUUUAUACACUAGCUUUUUUGUAUAAAAGGCAGAGACAAUCAUCUUAAAAUAUGAAAUGCUAUUUUUCUGCACAAAUAUCACAUGCUGAAACAUUGUUACCGUUCCCUGUAACUCUGAUCUGUAUGAAAUAAACUUCACAGAUAAAGCAA